AUGGGCAAUUCGCAGAGCUCACCGAGGCUCAAUGAGCCCGCCGUGGAGAAGCUGUUGGUACAGCAACUUCAAGCCCUCCGAACUCGGGAUGCCCUGCACCAACGCGAAAUCGAACAUGACUAUAUCCAAGUCGAAAGCGAGAAGGGCAUUCCUCGAUCUUUCUCGACCGAUCCAUCUCUCGACGUCACAACGGCCUCAGAAUGGGAGAAGGAGCUCCUCGCCGACCCUAAGAAUCGGCUCGCACUGAACGCCCUCCUCUCCAAUAACAUCCGCGAUAUAGUCUCGAACAAAGUCACGACCCUUUCCGAUACUCAGACGUUCAAUGUUAAGAUCCCGUUCGAAGGCUCCCCGGUGACAAACCAACGCAGCUCAGGCAGAUGCUGGCUCUUCGCAACGACAAACGUCCUGCGCGUGCCAAUCAUGAAGAAGUACAACCUCAAGGAAUUUGAGCUGUCGCAGGCGUAUUUGUUCUUCUGGGACAAGAUGGAGAAGGCGAACUGGUUUCUCGAGCAAAUGAUCGACACUGCGGGUAAAGACUUGGACGAACGCAUUGUGCAGGAGUUGUUGGGCGCACCAGUCAAUGAUGGAGGCCAAUGGGAUAUGGCGAGUAAUUUGGUGGAGAAAUACGGGCUGGUCCCUCAAAAACUCUACCCGGACAGCUACAACGCCAUGAACUCCUCCGCCAUGGGGAGUAUUAUCACCACCAAACUCCGGGAAGAUGGCCUAGCACUCCGCGCCCUCGUCAACAGUAGCGGUCCUGCCUCCACGAAGAAGUCUUCCUCUAUAGUGUUGGCAAAGUCGAAAAUGAUGCGCGAAAUCCACUGCAUCCUCACUCUCAUGCUCGGCCCACCACCCAAACCAGAUCAGAAGUUUACCUGGGAAUACUACGACAGCAGCGACAAGUACCACAAAUUGAAUCUCACACCGCUGGAGUUUGCCAAGUCCAUGUCCUCUCCAUCCGUAGUCCGAAGCCUUGGAGGUGCAGACGUGUCGCAGAUGUUUUCGCUGGUGAAUGAUCCGCGAAACAAGUACAUGUCUCUACUUACUGUUUCUCGACUCGGCAACGUCGUUGGUGGACGCCCAAUCACAUAUGUGAAUGUCGACAUGUCAACCAUGAAAAAGGCAGCAAUCGCCAUGCUCAGAGCCGGCGUGCCCGUCUUCUUCGGCAGCGACGUGGGGAAGUUUUCAAACUCACAGUCUGGAAUCAUGGAUCCCGAUCUCUACGAUUACGGCCUUGCAUUCAACAUCUCCCUCAACCUGUCGAAAUCUCAGCGUCUCAGGGUCCGCGAAAGUGCCAUGACGCACGCGAUAGUUUUGACAGCGGUGCAGGUCGAGAGGGAUGAGCAAACGGGUGAAGACAAGAGUGUAAGGUGGCGGGUUAUGAAUUCUUGGGGUGAGAACGCGGGCGACAAGGGGUAUUUCGUCAUGACGGAUAAGUGGAUGGACGAGUUUGUCUAUCAGGUUGUUAUAGAACCCGGCUUCGUGGGCAAGGAUGUCAAGGGGAUUUUGAAGACCGAGCCUACGGUACUACCUCUAUGGGAUCCAAUGGGCGCGUUGGCUUGA